GUCGGAACUGAAACUGCUUGAGUUACGAAUUCCAAGGGAGGGUUUCUACGGUGACACUAAUCUGACGGAACCGUUCAUUGUAUCAUUAACAGAUGAAAACAUUUGGCGGCAGUGUUAUUAGAUUUUCUUAUCAAUCUAGAAGUAAAGAGGUUUCCUGUUUCCGAUUAGCCCGAUUUAGAUUCUUUUUUUUCCAGUUGCAAGUCUUGAUGUAAACCUAAAUAAAAAGUUCUGCUUUCAGGGAUUUGCCUGCUUGUGUGGGGGCUGUCUGCAGGGAUGGACUGUGAGGUACAGAGAGACGGGAGGAUUCUGGACCUGAUCGAUGAUGCCUGGAAGGAGGACAGGCUGCCUUACGAAGAAGUCACAAUCCCACUGAAUGAGCUUCCUGAGCCAGAGCAAGACAGCGGUGGCUCGACCGAGUCGGUGAAAGAGCAGGAGAUGAAGUGGUCAGACCUGGCCCUGCAGAGCCUGCACGAGAACACCCCCAACACAGGGAGCUAGAACCCAGAAACCAGUGAAGGGACCACACUUUGUGUAUGCCGUUAAGCUUUGUGUAUAACCAGAUAAGCCCCAUUUCUUGGCACCCUUCUGUUGCCAGCCAGGUUCAGCAGAACAAUGAGGAUCUCUCCUGUAACUUAUGUGUGGAAUAGAGCAGGUGAAGAACUAAGCGUUUUGUACUUCGAUAGUGUUGUCUACUGCUCCCACCACAGCUGACACAGAAAAAUAAAUUAUUAUAUGACAUGAUCCUUUAUGCUAUGUAUCAUAUUGUCACAUCUCCCUUGGUUGCUGAGCAUUAGUCAUAUGCAUAAAAACAAAUGAUUUCUUAAAACUGGCUUUCAUUCCUUUAACUGCUGUUGGCUGAUAUUUAGUAACCACAAUAGCGACUGUAUGAGCUCCUGCUGUUUUUAAUCAGAUAAAACAAAAAAAAUCUUUAGUCUCAAGUAUGCAGCGUGUAGAAAACGCUGAGGGGAAACGCUUCAAGCUCAUGGUUUCGACUAGAUCUACACAAACAAUGGAAAAUCUACUGUGGGGGAAUACAAAAAAAGGACAAAAAAAUCUGAGAAGUUGUAAUCUAGGUCAUAAAAUAAUAUGUUGAGCAUGUAGGUCGUGGUACCUUUUUCCAUGGAACAGUGUACUGAUACCUGCAGUGUGUUAUUUUCCUUGACAUAAGAACAUAAGAAAGUUUACAAACGAGAGGAGGCCAUUCAGCCCAUCUUGCUCGUUUGGUUGUUAGUAGCUUAUUGAUCCCAGAAUCUCAUCAAGCAGCUUCUUGAAGGAUCCCAGGGUGUCAGCUUCAACAACAUUACUGGGGAGUUGGUUCCAGACCCUUACAAUUCUCUGUGUAAAAAAGUACCUCCUAUUUUCUGUUCUGAAUGCCCCUUUAUCUACUCAAUUUGUGACCCCUGGUCCUUGUUUCUUUUUUCAGGUUAAAAAAAAGUCCCCUGGGUCAACAUUGUCUAUACUUUUUAGGAUUUUGAAUGUUUGAAUCAGAUCACCGCGUAGUCUUCUUUGUUCAAGACUGAAUAGGUUAAAUUCUUUUAGCCUGUCUGCAUACGACAUGCCUUUUAAACCCUGGAUAAUUCUGGUUGCUCUUCUUUGCACUCUUUCUAGAGCAGCAACAUCCUUUUUAUAACAUGGGGUAUGUAUGUUUUGAUUUUGAUGUUUGACAAUGAAACCCAUACCGCUGCCCUGUAAGUUUUUCCAGUAAAAUGUUAUCGGUAUAUCAACUUUUUAGUUCAGUCUCUCUUUCGUAGCAGUAGUUGACAUUGAAGAUCUCCGCUGCAUCUACCCCUUCACAAACACCUGAGCCAUGAAUACCACUGGGCUGUAUUGCACUGUGGAUAAUGCAGCAACUCAACAAACAAGCUCUGAGCCUUCUGACAACAAAACAGGAUGUUGUGCAGCUUCAGCAGACCCCCAGUAACUCCACAGUGGACUCUGGAGAACCCGUCUGUCCGAGUUGCUCUUUAUCCACAAACAUUAUGCAACAUUUUUCAUGCUAGAAAUAUUUAAUCGCUGCUAAAAUGUAUUCAUGUCUGGGUUAUUUAAAAUUGCAAUGCAUUUUUUUUUUUGAGCGAUUAACAGUAUGUGAAGUAUCAGUUCCAAUGAUGGUUGUGGUCUAUGAGCAAAUCAGAACAUCAAUGCCAUCCUUGUCUUGGUGAAAAUAAUGUAUGUACUUCCAGUGCUGCAAGUCUUUCUGCAGCUACAUGCACAUAGUAACAAGCAAGCAGGGGGAUGUUAAUAAUAGACUGUGCCCAUAAACCUAACCUGUAGUGCAUGGUACAAUGACUUUAAUAAAUGUCAUUUUGUGUGAAACUAACUGAUUGUGGAGUACUGCAGCUUGAACCAGCUCCAGUCAUGUGUUAUCUCUUGAUGAUGAGACUGAUAAGCUAAACCAAGGACUGUAAACAGCAUUUGGGGGUUUUAGUGACAUUUAGAUUUAUUAUUGAGAGCAAGUUUUAGGCCGAAUUGUUUUGUUUUGUCUUUUCUGCGAAACAGUUUCAGCAUUGACAGAACCUGUGUUGGUUGGAACAAAAUAUCCUCUGUUUUCUUUCCAUGAGAUUCAGUGCACUCUAAUAACAACAACAACAACAACCAGGUGUAUUAAUACCUGCGGUUUAACGCAUAUGUUACUGCUAUAUAUUGUAGUUACAGUUAACACAUUUGUAGCCUGUUAAAAAAAUAAGUAGCUAUUUUGGUGCAUAGUGUCAGCGACCAUUCAGUGUUUGUUCUAUAUGAAGUUAAACUUUUUUUUUUUUUUUUUAAUACAAUGUUUUUUAGUAAUUUGAGUUGUUGGAUGAUGCAAAAAAAUACUGACAUUGUUUCAAAGGGACACCAGAAUAGUGGUAAAUUAGUGGUCAGUUUAGCUCACGCAAGAAAGCCAUCACGUUAAUUUUAGCAUGGGCAAAUGCCGCACACCAGCUAGCACUGCUCGGAAACUCAGCACAGGUGUGCAUGGCUUUACUGUGUGUUACAGAAAAGCCACUAGAUCAAACUAACCAUAAUGCAGAUUUUAAAAAGCGGAACCCCGGAAAGCAGUGUGCUGGCCAGCCGUUUGUUCUCAAGCAGAGUGAUUCUCCUUUUUUUUUUUUUUUUUUACUUUAAGAAAGGGUUAGCCGCAGAUUGUUGAACAUAGCUGUGGUUUCCCAGUUUCCAAGUUGCUGCAGCUGGUUUACCUGCAAAGCAAAGGGAGGAGACACACUGGCUAUUUUUGUCACUGUGAUGUGAUAUCCGGUGAACAGUGUGCUGAUGUGGAGUGGCUUGGCAUGAAAUGAGGUUUUCUGCAAAGCUUGCACAAUGCACCUCAAUGAUACUAGUCUAAAUGUCUACGGCACUGCAUUGUUAAACUAACAGCUGGUUUCACACACAGAUUAGCACUAGUCUUGGACUUCAUUACCUAUAGUAACAUUAGGUAAUCCAAGAUUAGUGCUAAUCAGGAUCUGUGAAACCAGCCGUUAGUGUUUAACUUGCAAGAUGCUUAAUUUUCACCCCCGUUCAUCAUGUUAGAAAUCAUUCUGCGUGAUUUGUCAUUGCAAUUUCUCAAAUAUUAAAGUAUUUAUUUUUGUGGUAAGUCUGUUUUAAGGUGACUGAGUUCAGAUGCUGCCCUUCAGUUGCCUCUCUAGUUGUCUGCAUUAGACAUAUGUAAUCUAGGCUUGAUCAGACAACGUGUCUUUUAUAUGAGUAAGCGCAGUCUACUGCACGACUGUGUAUUGCCAGCAAAACAGAAGUAAACUUGAUCCGAAGUGUCAGAUCACUAGAUGGCGACGUCUCUUACUGCUAUAAACACACUCUGGCUGAACUAGCCUAUGUUACUUAUAUCUGUGGUAGGCAACUGGAAUUUUCAGAACUCAAGUGAAAGCCCCUUAACACAUAUUUAAAAAAAAAAAGCUAUUUAAAUUGCGAUAAGCACCUCUCAGAAUGAAUGAUUGCUAUAAUCAGAAAAAGGUUAUUUGACAGCAAAAUAUUAAUAGUAAUUUGAAGUGACUGGCUCUGUAAAUUCUGCAUGAAUUACAACAGUUGCAAAUAAUUUACAUUGAAGUACAAGUGUCAGGCAACAAGAGAAGUAAGCACUCUCCUGUAGAUUACAACAUUAUGGCAGUGAGAAAAAGAUGCGUAAUUGGAAAAAGAUACAGCUAUGUUAGACAAAAACAGGAAUUUGCGUUGAAAUAUAUAUAUUUUUACAAAUGCAUAGUUAUAACAGGAACAACAUAUUUUUACACUUCAGAAUUUGCACGCCAUUGCUGUUUAUGCAUCUAUCGGUUUGCAGGUGGAAACUUUGCCUUUUCCUGAAACUCUGUGCUCAUAGUGCUUGGCAGCUUGUCACCUUAUAAGGGAUCCCUGAGGGAUGGUACCUGAGUUUUAAUGCAGAGCCCACAGUGUAUGUACAGCCUGAUGCCUAUUACCUGAUUGUAUUGUUGUUCACAGCGCCCAGUGUUAAACGAGUCCUCGUAUGCCAACCACUGUGCAGUUUGUUGUGCAUUUAUUAUAUUCAGAAACUAAAACAUCAGCAUAUAAAUAGAUCACUGUGGUUUUUGAACAG